AUGGCGCCCGCGCAGCUGUACAGCACAGAAUCUGGACGACUCUUCCACUCAGGCAGGAUAGUGAUCGCAACUGUUGGCCUGCCCGCUCGAGGGAAGACGCACAUCUCCGUCGCGGUGGCGCGGUAUCUGCGCUGGCUCGGCGUCAAGACCCACGUUUUCCACCUUGGUGACUAUCGAAGAGCAACCGUGGGCCCAGGAAAGGACGUGCCAGACGACUACUUCUUCAUCAACGCCUCGCCAUCGUCGGUGCUGCUGCGCAACAAGAUCCUCAAGAAAUGCCGAGAGGACAUCUACCAUUUCCUGGAGCACGAGAAUGGUCAGAUCGCCAUCUACGACGCGGUGAACGCCAUAUCCGCAGGACGUAGGUCCUUAGCCAAGGAGUUUGCGAAGCACAACAUUCAGACCCUCUUUAUUGAGUCGCAGUGCAAUGAUGAGAGAAUCAUUGAAGAGAACGUUCGGAGUGUCAAGAUUUCCUCUCCAGACUACGCAGGCUGGUCAGACGAAGACGCAAUAAAGGACUACCUCGCCAGGAUAUCUUCGCGCAUCCCGCAUUUCGAGACCAUGGAGGAGCCUGAGCUGCACUGGAUCAAGCUCAUUAAUGCAGGCGAACGAGUCGUUGUUAACAACUGCGCUUUUGGGUACCUGUCGCAACGAAUUGUCUUCUACCUCCUGAACCUGCACAUCAAGUCGCGAAGAACGUACUUCGCACGAGCAGGCACGACCAAGGAAGAGAACGCUUACAAGGCCGACGCUUCGCUGUCUCCAGAAGGCGUAGAUUACGCGAAGAAGAUGGGCGACACGCUGAUACGGCACCGCGAGUAUGAACGGCAGGCUAUUAUCGACCAGGGCGGGCCCGACAAUGCAUUGAAGCCGCUGACGGUGUGGACCUCUACGCGUCGUCGGACGGUUGAGACCUCGAACUAUUUGGCCAAUCUCGGUUAUCGAGUUAGGCAGCGGUCCCAGAUGAGCCAGAUGAACCCAGGCGUAUGCGAGAAGAUGUCGGAGCACAAGAUCAGGCUGGAAUAUCCCGAAGAAGUAGCCAAGCACGAGGCCGAUCCGUACCAUCAUCGAUACCCGAGAGCUGAGUCCUACCACGACCUAGCAGUCCGCCUAGAGCCCAUAAUCCUCGAGCUCGAGCGCGAGCAAAACGACCUCCUCAUCAUCGCGCACGAGAGCGUUCUCCGCGUCCUCUACGGCUACCUCAUGGCCUGCAACGCGACCGACAUCCCCAAGCUCGACUUUCCGCGUGACGAGAUCAUCGAGAUCAUCCCCGCAAGCUACAACAAUGAAGCAAAGCGCAUCCACAUCCCCGAGCUCCCCGACAGCAUGAUCCCCGGCAGUCCCCAGGACCUCCAGAUCCCCGUCCCGCCCAGCGGGACCGUGUCGCCGCUGGGGAGUCUUGGGAGCCCGAAUACGACGGGGACGUCGACACCUGCGACGGGGUACCAGACGCCACAGCCGCUGCUUAUAAGGAAGACGCAUGUGGAUCCGAGCUCGUAG